AGCAGCACCUCCUGACCGCCAUUCCGCACCAAAAACUUUCCAUUUUCCUCUUCCCACUCUCUGGGACUUCCUUUUGAUUUUGCUGUGUGGAGGAGGAGGAGUGUGUGUGUGUGUGUGUGGUGGUGGGAUUUACAGUCUCCUUUAACGCUUGCUGGGACCUAGGAAAAGAAGAGUUACACCAUGUACUGCAAGUGAAAAAGUCUCUGUGUGUGUUUCUUGCAGAAGUUGAGGCUUUUCUCUGCUGCUUCCAGAAGUGAAAGCUGUGCCUUUAAUACACGUUGAGUGAGGUACCCAAGGAUAGGAAACUGGCCUGAAGGGAAAAUCUGGGGGAGACUGGGUAUUUGGCUACAUUUGCCCCUGAAGCGUGGAUCACACUUCUUGUAAACCUCAUCAUAUUGAGGUGGGGCUAAGAUGAGCAUAACCAGUGACGAAGUGAAUUUCUUGGUGUAUCGCUAUCUCCAGGAGUCAGGUUUCUCCCAUUCGGCCUUUACAUUUGGUAUCGAAAGCCACAUUAGUCAGUCCAACAUCAAUGGAACACUAGUGCCACCUGCUGCCCUCAUCUCUAUUCUUCAGAAAGGACUGCAGUAUGUGGAGGCUGAGAUCAGCAUCAAUGAAGAUGGUACAGUAUUUGAUGGCAGGCCCAUAGAGUCACUGUCUCUGAUCGACGCUGUGAUGCCUGACGUGGUACAGACCAGGCAACAGGCAUUCAGAGAGAAACUAGCUCAGCAACAAGCCAGUGCGGCAGCGGCAGCAACGGCGGCAGCAGCAGCAGCUGCGACAGCGACGACGGCAGCAACCACAACAGUUGUUUCCCAGCACAACACACCAAAGAAUGGAGAAGCCACUGUGAAUGGAGAGGAGAAUGGGGCACAUGCAAUAAAUAAUCAUUCAAAGCCAAUGGAAAUUGACGGGGAUGUUGAAAUACCUCCUAACAAAGCAACAGUCCUUCGGGGCCAUGAAUCAGAGGUGUUCAUCUGUGCCUGGAACCCUGUCAGUGACCUGCUAGCGUCUGGAUCUGGAGACUCAACUGCCAGAAUAUGGAAUCUCAAUGAAAAUAGCAACGGUGGUUCCACUCAGCUAGUUUUGAGGCACUGUAUAAGAGAAGGAGGACAUGAUGUCCCCAGCAAUAAAGAUGUGACUUCAUUGGACUGGAAUAGUGAUGGAACACUAUUGGCUACAGGAUCAUAUGAUGGUUUUGCAAGAAUAUGGACAGAAGAUGGUAACCUUGCAAGCACCUUAGGUCAACAUAAAGGUCCCAUAUUUGCUCUGAAAUGGAACAAAAAGGGGAAUUACAUUUUAAGUGCUGGUGUUGAUAAAACAACAAUAAUUUGGGAUGCUCACACAGGGGAAGCUAAGCAGCAGUUUCCUUUCCACUCAGCCCCUGCUCUGGAUGUAGACUGGCAGAACAACACUACUUUUGCCUCCUGCAGUACUGACAUGUGCAUUCACGUAUGCAGACUUGGCUGUGAUCGCCCAGUCAAAACCUUUCAAGGACACACAAAUGAAGUCAAUGCAAUUAAAUGGGACCCUUCUGGUAUGCUACUAGCAUCCUGCUCUGAUGAUAUGACAUUAAAGAUUUGGAGUAUGAAGCAAGAUACAUGUGUACAUGACCUUCAGGCUCACAGCAAAGAGAUUUAUACUAUCAAAUGGAGUCCUACAGGACCAGGCACCAGCAACCCAAACUCCAACAUCAUGUUAGCAAGUGCUUCAUUCGAUUCUACUGUUCGGCUGUGGGACGUUGAACGAGGAGUCUGCAUUCAUACAUUAACCAAACAUCAAGAACCUGUCUACAGUGUAGCUUUUAGUCCUGAUGGGAAAUACCUGGCCAGUGGGUCCUUUGACAAAUGUGUCCAUAUAUGGAAUACUCAGAGCGGAACUCUAGUACAUAGCUACAGAGGCACUGGAGGGAUCUUUGAAGUCUGUUGGAAUGCGAGAGGAGACAAAGUGGGAGCAAGUGCAUCAGAUGGAUCGGUUUGUGUUCUAGAUCUGCGGAAGUAAAGGUGAAGUGUUUUAGAAGAAAUUUCAAAUGGACCAGCAGUGAAUGUGUGGGGAGAAGCACUCUUCAAAACUAUUCUUAACAGCUCCAGAACUGUACAAACUUGAAAAAAGUUAGUGUGUACAAUGAAACCAACUCUCCCUGGCCACAGAAGUCUAGUAUUUUGCCCAUAACCCACAUCAAGGAGUAAAAACACAGUCACUUCAAAGGGGGAGAGUAUGGUUUUCACCUGGAAUAUUCAGCCUUGGAAGCAUGAAGCCACCAACUAGAGACUGCACUGUUUGGUUUGCAUCUGAGAACUUGCUUUGAUGGCUGAAAAAAAAAAAAAAGCUGUGCCAAAAAAUAAUAAUAAAGAAACAAACUAAGCAAAAUGCUGUGAUAAACCAAAAGGGAAAAAAAAAUCCUCCUCCAUGUGGUGGUGUAUUUUUUUCCUUCCAAUUUGGACACUACAGUUGCUCUCCCAAAGGACAUUCAAAGACCAGUUUGUACUGAUGACAUGCGCAACUUUGUAAUCACAACACUUUCUAUUUUCUAGACUACUUUUUUGUUCAGUGGUUUUUCUAUCAGCUGGAAUAUUAUGUCCUGGAGUAUCCCGGGCUUAGGUUGGAACUGAUUUUUUUUUCUUUUUCUUUUUCCUUCCCUUUUCCUUCUUGUUUCUCUCUCUCUCUCUCUCUCUCUCUCUCUCUCUCUCUCUCUCCCUCCUUCCCCCUCCUGUGUGCCCACAGUAGAUGCAGCCAGUUGGACAUGACAACAAAAACUUUCGACAGUCUGCUUCUCCUCUUUCUCCACCCUCCCUCCUGCCCUGCCUAUUUUUUUAAAAUCCUCCAUGCUUCAGAUCUUAGCAUCUCAAGGGCACUUUCAGCAAAUUGUGUAAUAAGUGCUUUAUAGAAGAAUGCAGUGCUGGGGAAGAUUUUUACAGGCGAAAGAUGACUUUUAAGAGAAAGAACCCAGUGUAUUUUUGGAAAAAAAUAUUUUUUAUGUUAAACAUAAUUUUAAAAGCCUAAAAUAGCCACCAAACGUAGACUGCUUUGUGUAAUUCAAGCAAAAGAAUGACUCAAGUGGAAGCCAAGGUACAUUAAAGAUGCAGUAUCAUUUUCCUCUCCUUUGUCUCAUAAAGUGCUGUAAGAAAAUGUCAUUUCAUACAACAACUAUCAGGUUUUAAGCAACAAUAACCUCUUCCUGCAGCCAGAAGUUUACAUGGACUAAUUUUUAUUUUUGUAGUGGUAUGAUUAUGUACAUUUAUUAAAAGAAUACAGAAGUUUGAGGUUAUAUAUACAGAAUUCAUAUAUUUGGGUCCAUAUACCCAAAUACCUGUAAUAGUUAAAGGAAAACAAUUGUGUAUGCUCUUUCCUGGAGAAAUGGUCCCAAAUUCAUAUUAAUGCUGCAUUCUGUCACUCUCAGUCAUGUUCAUAGGAAUGGAAGGGAUCUUGAGAGGUCAUCUAGUCCAGUCCUCUGCACUCAUGGGAGGACUAAGUAUUAUCUAGACCAUGCGGACUAGUACCUCAUUCCACUAGUCAUCACAUUGGGCUGAUCCUCUUCCCAUUAAGUCAAUGGGACUUUUACCAGAGAUUUAAUAGGAUCACUCCUUCCCCUUUGGAUUCCCCUCGUGUAGGCACUGCAGAAGACAGCUAUCGGAUUGCCUUCUGGGAUGCUUUGCAAAUCAUGAUGACAGAGGGCACAGGGUUGGGGGGCAGAAAAGAUGUGCCGUGGGCAGGGUUGCAGCAUACGGUGCUGUGGAGAUUCCCGGCAGUGCUGUAGACCAUGGAGCAGCUCAAGGAGGUGGCCAUAACUUAGACAGGCCCUAAGAGCUAAACCAUGCCAGGGCCCUCUCCAUCCCGUGGAGUAGCCCAGGAUCAGAACAGUGCAAAAGUGGCUUAAAGCCACCAUAGCACCUCCAUAGCGAGUUGAGUGCUGUGCCUCUCAAGAGGUGCCGCACAGAAUCUCACCCGUUUCUUUCAGUGGGGCUGCCCAACAGGAGUAAUUUGUAAGACCCUGACCCAUAAUGCUUGAAGUGGUGUGAAAAUUCCCAAGUUACUUAGUAUAUGGAAUUAAUAUUUUAUUUCAUCUGAGGUUUUUCUCUCUUUACUAUGACACACUGACAGUAUCUUGGCCUUUUCACAGGAACUAACCACGGCUCACACAUUGCAAGCCCUGUGAUGUACCAUUGGAGAUCAGAAAGUACUUAAAAGAAUUAAACUAUUAAGAUUUUUCAGUGCUGAAGUAGAAACGUUUAUGUGGAACAUUGGUUAUUAAUUGCUAUUGCUCCUUUUUACCCCCAAAGAAUGGAAGGUGGGUUCUUUUCCUUGCGGUAAUAAAGCCGUAGAGAAUUAGACUUUAGGAUGCCCAGAUGACAUUUUUGAACUGUUUUAUAAUAGCUGCCUAGGCUGACCUGUUUAAGCUCAAGAUAGGAAAAAGAGUACUUGUUAGAGAAUUACUCACUAGUGGCAUUGUGUGUGUUUAUGGUUAGCAUUUUAAGCCUGUGUCUAUGAUGCCCGGUAGCCUUGGGUUGAAUUUUCAAGGAUAACAGGAAAGCAGCAUCUGUUUUGCGGGGCUGCAGAAGACAUGCUCAGAAGUGUGCUUCUUUUGGGUCUGCAGUUUGCGUGACUCUUGAUCCGGCCAAACAUCAAGAUGUGGUGAUGUCAAGAUAGGUGAUUUUAGUUCAGUUGCUUUUGUUGCCUGGCUUUCUUGCUACACAGACAUAUCUAAAUCUGAUGGAGCCUGUUCCAGGAAUUUUAACUGGGAGAUACUUUGUGGGUGUCAAAAAAGCAUGUUUCGUUUUUGAAAUCAUCUGAAUUAGCACCAUCUUCUCUCUGCUGAGUUACAUAAAGGAAAGAAGGCAAGUAAAGCACAGUUUCAGAAUUUGGCAAGUAUCAAAUUCUCACAUGUGAAAGGCGCUGUUGUCCCAAAGAAGAAUUCUGUAUACAUACACAUUUUGUUAGCCUUCUGCAGCCUGGCCCAUUAACCUUCCUGGAGGCUUACAGGAAUUGUACCUUUACUGGCUGCAUGGAACUGGCCUUGAGAUAAAAUGGCAACCUUUGAAUACGUGCUCAAGCUCUGCAUCUUUAAUGUAGGUUACUGCAUCUUUAAUGUAGAAAACACUGGGUCCCUUGUGGGGCAUUAAAGGGCCUGACAGUUACAGGGUUAAACACGCACUAACCCCAUGCUACAUCUUAGGAAUUUCCUUUUGAUUUGUUUUUAAAAAGAAAGAAAAAACAAACCUAGGUAAUUUUAGAGCCAAGUGAAGUGCACUUUGUCAAAUGUAAGGGUCUGCUUUGGUUUUGGGGUUUACUUUUUCUUUUUCUUUUUUUUACUUUUUUUUUUUUUUUUUAAUUGUGGUUCUUUGUCAAUUGCAGAAAUGUUCUUUCAGCCACUCACUGAAAUUUUGAAUUCUGGCUUCUGCAGUUUUUAUUGUCUGUGUCAGACUUGCAGCCAGACUUGGUUCUCAUUUCAGCAUUUCCCAGAUUCCGUUGAAACAACAUCAACCCCUAUUUUGUUUCCCCUCCACCUGCACUCUCUCAGAAAUCACCUUGUGUAUUGUAGCUCAUUUGUUUCAAGGAGAGAAUCAACAGAUCAUAUUCAGUGUCUUGAAUAAAUUGCUAUAUUUUGAUAUUA